AUGGAACACCACAACAUGGGUGCUGCUCCCAUCGGCGGCUCGUUGCCCCCAGCGCCGCUCAUGAACAUCCCCCCCAACAUGCUGACCUUGCCAAACCUCAGCGGCCAUAUCACGAGUGGCCCCAAGAAACGGGUGCGGCGCUUGCCCCCAGACAAGCGGCAGAAGGUCCUGCUGGCGUGUGACCGGUGCCGUAAGGCUAAGCACAAGUGUAACGGCCUCCAGAUGUGUGACCGGUGUACGAAAAAGGGCUUGCCCUGCGUGUAUCUGAUGGUCGACCGCCGGACGCUCAAGGGCGAGCGGGUCGACCGCAAACGGUUCAAAUCGGAGGCGGAAGCAGUGCCUCCACCAGCUGCUGCCACAGGGAUACCGGCAGGAGUGCCGCCGCCGCCGCAGCCACCCGCCGGCGUCAGCCCCGGCACCUCCGCCUUCAUCGGCGCGAUGGGGGUGUCGCCGUUGUCGGCCCCCACCGUACCGCCGCUGAUCCCCACGUUAGCCCACGACCCUGCUCUGGUAUCUUCAAAUGGUAGGUCUACCGACUAUAGCCACGGCACCUCAACUUCCGGCGGAUUCCCGUCGCCGCAACACCAAUCACAGCUGAACUCUCCACAGGGCGAUCUGCCGUUUUCUGGCGUGCUGAAUGCCCUGACACCGGCUCUGGGUAACACUUCUGCCCCCGGUCAAGCAGACCAACCACUGAAUAAAGAGCUGAUCCCUAAACUGCUACAACCUUUGCUCACUUUCGACGAAGAAGAUGAAGUUAAGGCUGAAGAUAAAGAGGAUCUCACCAUCACCAACCAACAAGGUAAGUGUGCCAUUUGGUUAGCCGAUUCGGCAGGAACUUAUCGGUACAUCUCCGAGACGUGUCCGUUGUCGUUUUUGUAUGACUCGAGAAACAUCUUUUGUCACUUCUUCGGCAACUCCGUCUAUACCGAUGCCUUGAAGGCGUGUCCUGUGCUUGAUAAACCUUACUUCAAUAUCGAGUUUAAGGUUCCUUUACCCGACCGUGACGACUUUAAGAAGUACGUCGAGUACUUCAACAUUAACGUUAACGACAUUUACUACAUUUUUGAUGAUAAUUACCUCGUUGACGAAUUGGCUGAAUCCGUGUACGCUAACCCGUACCACUUUACCUACGAAAAGAUCACUCUCUAUGUUGUGGCAGGUCUCGGAUCGCUUUUUAUGGACUUUGAACAAGGCAAGACAGAGCUGCCAAAGCUGGCGGAUCUCUUCCGCACCGGUGUAAAGUUAUGGCAGGAAUACCAAGACUUUGAUGACUUCUGGUUAAUUCGACUCAACUUCUUGGCCCAUUUCUACUACCUGGCGCUUUGCAAGAAGCUGACGCUGUGGAUCUACUUGAACGCGGCCAUUCGCCAUGCGGAAGCUCUUGGGCUUCACCGACUGUUUAUUGCUGAAACCUACUUCAGUCCCCUUGAGGUAGCUCACCGCAAUCGGGUGUUCCGGUCUCUUUACAUUGCCGACCGCGUGCUCGGGUCAAUUUUGGGGCGGCCAUAUGCUAUCGCCGAUCGGGAUUGGGACGAACUUCCGUUGAUUCGUGCCAGAAAAGUUAAAGCCAAGCUGAUAUCAGAACUGCUGCAGCUUGAACUUGUGAGACUUAUGAUCAUUAUCUCCCAAACGGUUGAUAACUAUUACCUGGGAGCAUCGAUUGAUUUGAACCGUACCCGACUGCUAGCUCUUGAGCUCAAGCACUGGGCGCUCAACUUGGACGAAAGAUUUGAGAUUAAGCAUUUGAUGAAGCAACCACAACUUCCAGAGUACUCCCACGUGGCAUUGAUCAUGCACAUGUUCCAAUUGUAUGCUGUGAUGAUUUUGGCGAGACCAUUUUUCAUCCACGAACUUAUCUCGGAAUUAAGCGGCCAGGAAUCGAAUAAGCUUGCCUGCCAGUUUCAGGAAGCAGCGUACAAGGCGGCGUUAUUGACGAUUGAUCUCAUCUACUACUUCAACAAUGUUACUCAGGGUGCCAACAAGUUCAAUGAGACUAAUGUUCCCACAAAUGUGGUGUUUUGGGCUGGUCUCAUAUUGGGAACGCAAUUACUUUCAAAACGAAUGGACUCGCAACUCGAGCAAGAAAUCAGUGAUGGGAUGAAAAAGUCAAUGCAAGUGCUCAAUCGCUACGGCAAGACUUUCAAGACCGCUGAGCGGUACGUGGAAAUCAUGCCUUACAUGGCGGAACACAUCAGUUUAGCUCGCACUCGGCCGAGCAAGUCUCAGUCACUGCCCUCGAACCUGGCCGAUCUCAAUUGGGAAUUCCUCGACGAUUUGGACUUUAUCACCGAUUUGAACGGCGACAUGCUGGGUCUCACUGAGUUCCAACAGGGGUUCGUGCCGUCAGAGUUCACCACCAUCAGUCCCGGCCACGAAGGAGUGAGUGGGCCGACCGAUCUUCCUUUCAAUUACCCCAAUUACGAAUUGCUUUACGGGCACAAGUGCUAG